AUGAGAUUUGCCAAGCGCCAGAAUAUUACUUAUCAAAUGAUAUACAGAUACAAAAAUAACAGAACUACACCACAUAAAAACAACACAAUAUUAGAGAAGCCUUCAAUAUAUAUAUCCUACAUCUCCACCCAGGAAAGUUCAUCGGUGCUCCACAUCUUGUCAUUGUGUUUUAAAAUAUCUUCUCCUAGUCUCGUAUUAAAGAUCAUAGACACCUUCAGAGCUCAGUCAGGGUUUCAUAGGCUAGUCAUAUUGGGUAAAUCAAGUCCAAAAAAUACCCGUAAGUUCCUCGAGUUAUGUGGGAUAGCACUACGGUCUGCACAUAAAGAACUUAACGCUCCUUCGGCCUUGUUGGCAGACAGCAAGAUUCCCCGUACGAUCUUUAAUGAACUCGAUGGUUGGAGUCUACCCUUUCUUUGGUAA